AUGAUGCGAGGAACCCUGCUGUUCCUGGUGGCUGGUCUUGCGCUGGCUGCUGGAGAGAAGGUGCGCUACGACGACUACCGAGUGUAUCGGGUGCUGCCAGCCGAUGUGGACCAGCUGCAGUUCCUCAAUGGGCUCGCCAGGUACCACAGUGACAUUCGCUUCUGGAAGGAAUCCAGGGCAGUCAAUAUGCCAGCGGACAUCAUGGUGUCGCCCAAGAUGCAACCUACCUUUUUGGAAUGGCUGCAAGCGCACUCCAUCACGGCGUCCGUUUUCAUUGAGAACGUGCAGUACUUGAUUGACAAUGAGAGGCCGGCUAGUGUAGUGAGAGCAGACUUUGCUUUAGAUGAUUAUCACACCCUAGAAGAGAUCUUCGCCUGGAUCGAUUCGCUAGUGCAGGCAUAUCCUGACUAUACGAGGAGGGUCUUCGGUGGAACUACAUACGAAGGUUUCGAAUUCGACGGGAUAGAGAUCUCCUACGGAGAUGGGAGUCGUGUGGUCAUACUCGAGGGAGGUAUGCACCCACGUGACUGGGCCGCCACCGCCUGUAUGAACUGGUUCAUCAACGAGAUCUUAACGACUAACGACACGGACGUCAGGGAUGUUAUCAGCCAGUUCGUAUUCAUGAUCUACCCCACCUCCAAUCUCGACGGCUAUAAUUACACCUGGAAUACAAAAUAUGAGCGGUACCGUCUUUUGGCAGAAGACGGUACCAGCGAGGACUUCUGUGCAGACAACUACCCUGGGCCAGUGGCGUUCUCGGAGUACGAGACAGCGACUUUCGCCAAGACGCUGACGGGGUACGACUCCGGCGUGCUGGUGUUUUACGGCAGCUUCCACGCUUACGGCCAGAUGAUCUUGUUUCCAUAUGGCGUGCCUGACGAAGUGGCCACCAAUCACGACGAACUGCUCGAAAUGGCUGAAAGGGCCCGGGAUGCAUUGGCGGCCAGGUACGGCACCAAUUACACAGUCGGCACCGUGCAGGACCUCCUCUAUCCGACGUCGGGAACCAGCAUCGACUGGAUGCAAGGCGUCAACGGCAACCAGUACAACUUUGCUUGGGAGCUGAGGGACGAGGGCCAGUAUGGUUUCCUGCUGCCUGCCGACCAGAUCGUCCCGACCUGCCAGGAGGCGUUCGACAGCCUGGUCUCCAUCCUGCAGGACGUACUCACCAACUCCAGAAAAUCUUCAAGGAAGCACUAG